AAACUUAAUGGUAACUCUGCCCAAAUAACUGUUUAUCGACCCAACCUUAAAAUUGUUUCAUAAAGAUGUUAAAACGCGAUCUGCAGAGAAUCACGCUAAAGUUGUCUGACCUCAAGGACUACGAGGUGGCCCGGGCAAAGAACAAACACAAGGGGACACCGCGCCCUAUGCUGUCCCAGGAUGCCCUACUUGGAGAUGAUGCCUCCACGUCGGGGACAACAGCCAGUUGCAGUUCCAAUACGGGCACGACAACAGACACGGCAACGGAAACUGGAACGGAAACUGCAUCUGGAUCGGGUUCAGGAUCAGGGUCAGGAUCGGGCUCUGGGUCGUACAUUACGGGCCUAGGAUUGGGCUACCGAUCGGAGACACCCUCCUCUGCAUCGUACACCAAUACCACCUCGACGACCCCGACACCGGCCACCCAGGAGGAGAUAUUGCGACCCUCGUCCGCUGUCACGGCCACCACAACCACGGGCACCACUAAUUCGGGAUCCACGGAUGACGUGAGCGUUGCUGCCGUAGUGGAUGACACGGAGGAUACCAUUGACGAAAUCAGCGACGACAACUGGGUGGAUUUGAAUGCGGACACCAAUGACACAACCAUUGAUACCAUUGACACUCAGGCGGAGGCGGAGGAGGAGGAUGGGGCCAGGGGAGGCAUCUAGUAUCUAGGCAUUUAGGUUCCCGCCCACCUAUCGUAUUAUGCAAACGCAACGCAGCUGCAAGUGAAGCCCCCUAUAAUGUUGCACACUCACAUUCCAUUUAUCAUCACGUUUCGUACACGUAACUUUAGCUUUUUAUUAUACCUGCAUUGGGAAAUAUAUAUGAAACCUAAAAAAAGUUUAUAUAUGAAUUAUAAUGAAAUUACAAAUGUUUUAAAACUUUAUAAUUCUUAAAGAGAUUGUUCGUUGAAUUAUAAUGAUAUAAACAAAAUAUUAAAACUGUA